UCGACUCGGCUCUUUCCGUCAACGCGCGGCCGCGGUCCCGGAAGGGCGCCCAUGGAGCGGGGUCUGCCGGGCGAACGCCAGAGUAUGGCGCCUCUGUUGGAGUACGAGAGGCAGCAGGUGCUGGAACUGCUCGACAGCGACGGGCUGGUGGUGUGCGCCCGCGGGCUCGGCGCCGACCGGUUACUCUACCUUUUCCUGCGGCUUCACUGCCACCCUGCCUGCCUGGUGCUGGUGCUCAACACGCAGCCUGCCGAGGAGGUGCGACCGAGGGAUGGGUGGACCGGAGGGUUUGGGGGACAUCGGAGCCGAGAUUGGUGCGGCAGGAACGUGAAGCUAUACGGCAUCCUCGUGUACAGAGCACACAGGAUCAUUGAGUCUUGCCAGGAAGCCUUCAUUCUGCGCCUCUUCCGCCAGAAAAACAAACUCGGCUUCAUCAAAGCUUUCACCGACAACGCUGUUGCCUUUGACACUGGCUUUUGUCACGUGGAAAGAGUGAUGAGGAACCUUUUCAUGAAGAAGCUCUACCUGUGGCCAAGGUUCCAUGUAGCAGUCAACUCAUUCUUGGAACAACACAAGCCUGAAGUCGUAGAGAUUCGCGUGUCCAUGACUCUGGCCAUGCUUGCCAUCCAGACAGCCAUACUGGACGUCUUAAACGCGUGUCUGAAGGAACUUAAGUACCACAACCUGUCGCUAGAAGUAGAAGACUUGUCGUUAGAAAAUGCUCUGGGGAAGCCAUUCGACAAGACAAUCUGCCAUUACUUGGACCCUUUGUGGCAUCAGCUUGGAGCCAAGACUAAAUCCUUGGUGCAGGAUUUGAAGAUACUAAGAACGUUACUGCAGUAUCUCUCUCAGUACGACUGUGUUACUUUUCUAAAUCUUCUGGAAUCUCUGAGAGCAACAGAGAAGGUGUUUGGUCAGAAUUCAGGUUGGCUUUUCCUGGAUGCUAGCACCUCCAUGUUCGUGAAUGCUCGUGCCCGAGUUUACCGUGUCCCAGAUGUCAAACUGAGCAAAAAGACCAAAACAUCGGAGAAGAUGGCAGGUACGGAAACAAAAAAAGAACUGGUCCUAGAAAGCAAUCCAAAGUGGGAGGCGCUGACUGAAGUCCUGAAAGAAAUCGAAACAGAAAAUAAGGAGAGUGAAGCCCUUGGUGGCCCAGGCCAGGUGCUGAUCUGUGCGAGCGAUGACCGCACAUGCUGCCAGCUCAGAGACUACCUGACUGCUGGCGCAGAAGCCUUCCUACUGCGGCUCUACAGGAAAACCUUCGAGAAGGACGGCAAAGCUGAAGAAGUAUGGGUAAAUUUUAGAAAGGGAGAUGGCCCAAAGAGAACUAUGAAAUCUGACAAAAGACCCAAAGAUGCCCAAAACAAAGAGCGUGCUUCCACCAAAAGGGGUGCUCUCAAAAGGAAGAAGAAGCGAGAGCUGACUCUGACGCAAGUGUUGGGGACUGCUGAGGAGCCGCCAGAGGAAGGGGCUGUGGAGGAAGACCUACACAAACAGACCGGAAGUAGCCCAGAAGUCUGCGGGGGAGAGAUUCAGCAUGAAUCAUUUGAUUUAAACGUGUCAUCUGAUGCAGCCUAUGGCAUACUGAAAGAGCCCCUGACCAUCAUCCAUCCGCUUCUGGGAUGCAGCGACCCCUAUGCCCUGACACGAGUACUGCACGAGGUGGAGCCUAGAUACGUGGUUCUGUAUGAUGCAGAGCUCACUUUUGUUCGGCAGCUGGAGAUCUACAGGGCCAGCAGGCCUGGGAAACCUCUGAGGGUUUACUUUUUUGUAUAUGGAGGCUCCACAGAAGAGCAGCGCUACCUGACUGCUCUGUGCAAAGAAAAGGAAGCGUUCGAAAAGCUCAUAAGGGAAAAAGCUAGCAUGGUUGUCCCUGAAGAACGGGAAGGCAGAGAUGAAACCAACCUGGACCUGGCAAGAGGCACAGCAGCCAUGGACACUUCCACUGACACUCGGAAAGCUGGUGGCCAGGAGCGGAACGGCACACAGCCCAGCAUCGUGGUGGACAUGCGUGAGUUUCGGAGCGAGCUCCCAUCUCUAAUCCAUCGGAGGGGCAUUGACAUAGAGCCAGUGACUCUGAAAGUGGGUGAUUACAUCCUGACACCUGAGCUGUGUGUGGAGCGCAAAAGUGUGAGCGACCUCAUUGGCUCGCUGCACAGUGGCCGCCUAUACAGCCAGUGCCUAGCCAUGUCCCGCUACUACCGGAGGCCUGUGCUACUCAUCGAGUUUGACCCGAGCAAGCCCUUCUCCCUGGCACCACGGGGUGCCUUCGUCCAGGAGAUGAGCAGCAGUGAUGUGAGCUCUAAGCUCACACUCCUCACCUUGCACUUCCCACGCCUGCGGCUGCUCUGGUGCCCCUCGCCCCAUGCCACAGCCGAGCUGUUUGAGGAGCUGAAGCAGAACAAGCCACAACCUGAUGCGGCCACAGCCAUGGCCAUCACCGAAGACUCAGAGACGCUACCUGAGUCAGACAGGUAUAACCCUGGCCCCCAAGAUUUUGUGCAAAAGAUGCCUGGGGUCAAUGCCAAGAACUGUCGCUCCCUGAUGAAUCAAGUGCAGAACAUCGCAGAGCUGGCCACCCUGUCCCUGGAGCGACUCACGGGUAUCCUGGGGCACUCGGGAAAUGCCAAGCAGCUGCAUGACUUCCUGCACACUGCCUAUGCAGACUUGGUGUCCAAAGGCAGAGUGAGAAAGUGACUGUUCUCACAGGGCUACGUAUCGUCAUUUGCAUAGCAUUCAUUCUUUCCCCAGGCAAUUAGGGCCUGGCAUUCUGUCCCCCAGGGCAUUUGUCCAGAAGCCAGGAUUUCCCCCUGGGCUCUGUGCUGAGGUGUGUGUUUACCCCCUCUUGCUGGCUCUUGCCCCUCUGUGCUCUGUCUAUGCCAUGCCUGCAGUGACCCAUUUUCAGUAAGGUGUGGUGAGAUCAUGCCCCUUGAAGCAAACACAACCCAGUUUGCUUCUCAGGCUAGUGGAAGCACGCCAUCUUGGUCCUAACACUGGCUACACAGGGCUUGGUAGGCCUGAGACACGGCUAACGAGCCGUGUUCCUAACGAGCUUCUUCACCUCCCACUCACAGAGACAAACUGGCUCACUAGUCUCCUGGUCACCAGGUAUAUGUAACAUGUACUGUGACUCGGUUGUUUAAACCAGUGUUUUUAACAGAAUUAAUUGCUUAUGGACAAGAUUUGAUGAGUUAAUAAAGGGCUCCUCAGAAUUCUUGGCUUCUAAAUGUUUGAUCUCCAAAUUCCUACUCUGAACCCAAAUAACGAGUCCAAGUGUCCCCUAGACCUCACUGACAUAAGAUACCAGUGCCAUACCAGAAGCACACCAUCUCUGCCCUGCCCGUGGUUGUGUCUUGACUGCUUCUCCUUGCCUGGGUAAGGACUGAAUGUGAGCAAGGGGGUUCAGGUGCUUUCUAAUGUGGGUUUCUCUCCUUCUUCCUAAAGGAUUGUGGGUAAAUGGAUAAAUUGGUGCAGAGAACACAAAAAUUCAGAAAAAAAAUACAUAGUUUGUUUAAAGACCCACAAACCAAUCUCAUGAUUGAUUUAGACUGGAUUUUCUGUGUUAAAGUGGGAUUCAUCGGGGUUGGGGAUUUAUCUCAGUGGUAGAGCGCUUGCCUAGCAAGCGCAAGGCCCUGGGUUCGGUCCCCAGCUCCGAAAAAAAAAAAAAAAAAAGAAAAAGAAAUGGGAUUCAUCACAUCUUCAUGUUGUUGUAAACUGCGAUACUUAAGCAUUAGCUGCUUAUGUGUUCAGUGACAGGCAGUGAGCUUUCUACCUCAAGAGCUAAUACCAUAUAAUGUCAGCCUUGCCACAUGGUUGAGUGUUCCAUCGCUGUCAGCCAUCUUUGCCUGAACUGAGGAAACAGUGGACCUUGUAACAAAACUACUGUCUCUUCCCACUUUAGCAAAGUACUCUGGACAGAACCUUAUUUGUUGGCAUCUUGAUUAUUGGGACAUUCCUUCCAGGACCCUCUCAUGGUACAGUGUGUGGAAACCGCUGUGGAGGCUUCAGUGGUGUUUGCUUAGAGCCUCUGCCUCCCCUGUGGACUUCAGACCCUCUCUAGGUGGCUCACAGCAGGACAUGUAGUGUGUAAGGACCGGUUCCACAUGUUCCUCAAUGACAGGAAAAGAGCCCGCGUGAUGUGGUUGUUCCUAUAUUCCCAGUCCUUGGUUAGUUAAACCCAAUGAUGCAGAGCCCUUCAGGAAUGGAUGUCAAGUUGAUUACUGGAGGUGUGGAAAGUGGAAAAGGUCAAGCAGUAAGCUUAUGGUGGAAAGGGGUCUGCGUUCAAUCAGGGUUAAAGGUGCCUUCUGGACCUGACAGAAAUGCCUGGUGAGUUGCACUGGACUGCGUGGUCGUUCCCAGCUCAUGACCACGGACGUGCCACUUCCACUUAUGGUAGCAGUCUCCUUCCUCCAUGUAACUCCGCCCCCCUUGUCGUUUUGUUCCAUAAAACAAAAAUCUUAGCAUAGCUCUUGCUUUGAUGGGUGUUUCAUUCAAAGUUAAAAUGUCAAAGCUCUUCUGGACAGCAUUUUAAACAAUCCUUGUAACCUAGUGCAGCUAGCAGUCUUUACCCACUGGCUUCCAAUGUCUGUCAGAUCAAGUCAGCUGUUUGCUGCGACCCCCAUUACUGGGGACUUCUGUUGCCUCACUCCUCCUCUGCUGACUUCACUUCUGCUGCUCAUUGCUGGGGUGGAAGGCUUCCGGCACAUCCAUCCGUUGUUUAGUUUUCUCAGACUUUUUUUCACACAUUUUUAGAAUCUGUUUCCCAGCAGCAUUUUGCUACCUUUGAUGUUGUUCGACAUCAUAAAUACUGAUGAGCCCCUGGGUAGCUUUUAAAAGACAUUUAAAAGGUCAGCAUUGUGUUUACCAGCUGUUUACAUAGAGCCUUGAUUACAAGACAUUAUCCUUGAAUUUACUUUCUUACUGCUCUUAAAACUAUAUGAGGUUAUAUCCUACUCGAUAGUGGCCAUCAAGGCAAGCCUGGUGGCCCUCAGCCCUAACUAAUCCCAGCUCUGGGGAGACAGAGGUAGGCAGAUCUCUGUGACUUUAAGGCUAGCCUGCUCUAUACAGUGAGUAGAGUAGAGUAUAGCUAUAUAGUAAGACCUGUCCCAAAACCAAACAAAUGUGGUGGCCGUCAGCACUGUCCCCAGUGGUCCUGACUUCCUUUGGUGAAAGCUCACUAGACUGUAGCCCCGCAGCUCACAGGGGACAGGAAAUGCUCUCUUCCAGCCCCCGGCAGGCCAGGAACUCGAGGUCUGGUUGUAGAGAUUCAGGGACUUCGUGAGGAGGGAGGCUCUGUUCUAGAGUUCCCUUUGCUUCUCCGGUGGAUUUGAUGUCACGCUACCAUGGAAAACCUGUUGAGGGAAAUUCUCCAUUAGUUUACUUUGACUUUAAAAUGUCCUCUCAAAAGAAUUUAAGAAAAAAAAAGACAGUGUGUCCAGGCUUUGACAAGAACUGUCACGUUUCUUGGUUGUUUUGCUCUCAUUUUGAUGCUAUUUCCUGUCUGAUCCUGAGCUGUGGGACACAGUUGUCCACCUUUUUCAGCAGGCACUUGGUAGUCUGCACCAUUGCGCUGUUGGAGGGCUGUUUCCGUUUGAAUGUUGUUUUCAUUUAUGGUUCCGUAAGCCAAGAUUUGAUAAAACUGGAGUAUAUUUACUUGAAAUGGGGGUGGGGGUAAUUAUUUAGCAUCUCCCUCGGCUUCCUAGGCAAAGUGAAAGUGGCAGUGCACAGUAAGAGAGUACAUGCUGCCAGCAACACGUGUGCCCUACACAGUGAAGGCGUUCAUUAUGCACAGUAGAUAGAUGGCUAAUGCAAGUUCGCUCUGAGUCAUCGCUUCUGCCUGGCUCUCAGUAACCCAUGCUCUGUGUCAUCAAUGUCCUUGGUUGUCCCCUUCCUGACAUGCUGUGACGUCUUCUUACUAAAGAAGCUGGGGAAGAAAAGCUGUUGUCCUUUGGAAAUAACAGUUGGUUGAAAAUGGUGAGUGUGUGUGGUGUCCGGGGCAUCCAAACAAAGGGUCAACCCCUGUAUUUCGGUCCUUUUAACUCACAAGUUGGAAGAGGUAAAUCGUUCCUUUGAUAGCACAGGAAUUUAUUAUUAUUUCUUAAGCAAGUUUAAUUAUACUUUGAAUUGGGUCACCACCGUGGUGUCCCCAUCACUGCCUCUGCUUUGAGUGUUCGAGCACAGCCCUUUCUAAUGCCCAGGAGACCGGUUAUUUUUCACUCCUAGUUGUACACUCCUAAUAAAGACUGGCAAACUGUUGAACCGUUUCUUCACAAUAGUGCCAUGGUGCUGCUGAUUGGCCACUCGGGCCUUAUCUCAUUUAAUCCCCAGCACAAAGCCAUGCAGGUGCACAGACCUCUGUGGUAACAAAGCUGUGACCAGAGAGCUCAAGCAGUUUGCCCAUAACUGUUAUUCAUAAAGCCAUGAUGUGAAAGCCUCAUGGUCUGACUUCAUGAAGCAUGAGUGUGGGAGUGUUCCUGGGUAGGGGCUGUUUGAGGAUGUGUGGGUGCCCAUUUUCAUGUCUAUAGUUCCAAAUACCCUAAAGGAAAGGCAGAUAGGCUUGUUUCCCAGUCAAGAUCAAGUGUGCAGACCUGCAGAGGGCAGAGAAUGCCCAGAGCCCCCCUGCCCAGCUGCCUGUUGCCUCAGACUUUGAAAGGCUAGCCAUUAUCUUACUUAGGGUUUUACUGCUGUGAACAGACACCAUGACCAAGCAACUCUUAUAAGGGACAACAUUUAACUGGGGCUGGCUUAUAGGUUCAGAAGUUCAGUCCAGUAUCAUCAAGGUAGGAGCACGGCAGCAUCCAGGCAAGUUCUACAUCUUCAUCUUCACUGGCUUCCAAGCAGCUAGGAUGAAGGUCUUAAAGCCCACACCUAACAGUGACACAUUUACUCCAACAAGGCCACACCUACUAAUAAGGCCACUCCCUUGGCCAAGCACAUACAAACCAUCACAGCCACCUUCUGCUGGUUGAUUAAGAAGAUGGUUCUGUAAUUAUAUAUAUAAAAAAAUAGAGAUUUUUCUAGCUAUGGCAACACUUGCCUGAGAUCCCAGCACAGCACUCAGGACUGAGACAGGAGGAUGGUGAAAUUCAAGGCCAGCCUGAGCUGUAUGGCAGAUUCACGUGUAGCAAGUAAUAACAGUGUUCUUGAUUCUUGCCCAGGAACAGGAAGGGUUGCUGGGCACCUCUGAGUCAGCUCUGUGUGUUGUUGAACGACUUCUGCGUAAAUAUCUAGGUCUUUGAUUUAUUUCUAACCCAGUCUUCACAUCGUCCUGAUAACCUUAUUAGUUCAAUUACAUAAUAACCAGGACUCGGUGUGGAGCAUGGUCUGGAGAGAGCUCAGCGGUUAAGAGAACUGGCUGCUCUUUCAGAGGAUACUGGUUUGGUUCCCAGCACCCACGUGGUGGCUCACAACCACCUGAAAGUUCAGUUCCAGAGGAUCCAAAUACCCUCCCCAGGCCUCUUCAACUACAUACACACAGUGCACAUAUGUUGAUUUAGACAAAACACUAAUGCAUAUAAAAUAAAUACUUUUUAUUGAAAUUGAUUCUUUUCUUAUAUAAUACAACCACAGUGUUCUCUCCACCCACUCCUCCCGGCUCCUCCUUCCUCCCUCACUCCCAGAUCCCUUUUAGAAACUCUGUUUCCGGGGCUGGGGAUUUAGCUCAGUGGUAGAGCCCUUACCUAGGAAGCGCAAGGCCCUGGGUUCGGUCCCCAGCUCCGGAAAAAAAAAGAACCAAAAAAAAAAAAAAAAAGAAACUCUGUUUCCUUUUCAGAAAAAAGUAAGCCUCCCAGAUGACAGCCAAACAUGAUAAAACAAGAUACAAUUAGACACAGCAAAAGCCCUCAGAUCAAGGCUAGAUAAGGCAACCCAACUGGAGGUAAAAGCAGGCAAAAGAGUCAGAGAUACAGCCAGUCCCAUCGUAGGAGUUAGUGUAAGUUAGUGUAUGGCCUUAACAUACAUAUGGUAAAGCGUGCUUGCCAUUUCAGUCUCUUAUAAGCCCACGUGAGCACUGCUUACUAGAUUCAGUGGGUCCUCCAUCCUCUCUGAUUCCCACAGUUUCUCCUUCCCCUACUCCACAGGGUUCCUAGAGCUCUGAGGAGGGAUGGGAUGGAGACCUCCAGUUUAGACUCUCACCGCAUGGCUGGCUGUGGGCCUCUGCCCCCACCUGCUGCCAGAGGAAGCCUCUCCAAUGACCCCUGCACAAGGCACUGAGCAUAGCAGAACAGCAUUAGGAAUCACCUCAUUGAUUUUGUGUGUUUUACAGGUUGUGUUUGGUUCUUCCCUAGAUCUCUGAGCUACCCAGAGGUUCACUUUAGUGAACAAGAGUAUUUCCUGCCCCAGUAAGAGGAUCUGAGUUCAAAUCCCCAACACCCCAGUAGCAGCUGGGCAUCACUCAGCUUGCAGCCUCAGUGUUGCUGAGUGGAGAUGUGAGUCCCAGCAAUGGUGAGUUUCAGAUCCAGUGAGAGACCCUAUCUCAAAAACAUAAGAAAGCAAUGGGAAAGCACCCAUUGUGUCUUCCCUUGGCUUCUACAGGCAAGUAUAUCAAUUUCUUUAACCUUUGGUCUGCUGUUUGUGAAUUUCACAUCAUACACCCCAAUCCCACUCACCUCUCCCUCCUUUCAUGCCCACCCUCCACCCUUGCAACCUCCCCGCACCAGAGAAAAGACCCUGUGAAAGCUGUAGUGUGUCACAGUGUGUCCCACAGUAUAGACCCUUUGGUCUACAUUCCUAUGCUUGCAUUUGUGCAUUGUGUCGGUCUGGUUCGAAGUCUCUGGCUUCUGCCUCUCUAUUAAGACUGGAACCUCAGAAAUUCUCUUGUUGCCCUGUGUCGUGAGAUCCUGUAGGAUCAGGUCCUUCUUGCACUCCAGCCAAUUCAUUGGUGAGAUAGACGGGAGUGGGCUGUCCUGCUCUCAAACCCCAGGGCUGGCUCACUGGAAAGUCCCGUCCCCAACACCCCCCUGAUACUCCCACCUCCAUCCCUGCUCCACCACCCCCAGGCAACCAGAGCCAGCCCUCCCCUGCUGCCUAGGUGAGGUACAGGACCUGCAGCCAGUGAGGGACACAGCCAGUUAUCCCAGUCUCAUUACCUAGAAGCCAGUUCUUCUGCCUGUCAUAGGUGGCCAGGGGAUGGGUGGAAGGCAGCUGGACCACCUCACAGCAGACGAGAGGCAGGGCUGUCUCUCCUGACCUCACACCCUGGACCUUCAGGCAGCUCAUCUAUAACUCCCAAAUCCAGGGCCAACUCUACUGUGCCGGCCAAGCAAGGUGCAGGACCUGUUCUCCCAAAUGCUGCAGCAAGUGAGGGCCAGCCCUCCUGCUUGCCAUCAGUGGCGCACGCGCGCGCGCUCACACAUACAAUUCUGAAAAAACUGUUUAGCUUAAUUCUUUCUGUGAAUCAUGGUUUUUGACUUUUGAAAACUACUUUUUUAUAGCAUUGCCAAACAAGCGCCCAUGACUCCCAGGGAUAAAACCUAUUUCCAGCAUUAUAUAUCGACAAGUUACACCUCGUUAAAGAAAAGAGUUUGUGGGCUUCAAAGAUAGCUCGUAGUGAAGAGCACUGGCUGCCCUUCUAGAGGACCCAGGUUCAAUUCCCCACACUAACAUGUUAGCUCAGCCAUCUGCAACUCCAUUUCAGAUCUGGCAUCUGUUCUACACCAGACACACACAUAGUACACAGACAUACAUGCAGCUGGAUCACCCACACACAUAAAACUCAACAAAAGUACAUUUUUAAAAGGAUAUAUGCUGAAUAUAUGUAAAUGUAUAUUUUAAUUGGUAUUUGAAACAUAAAUGUAUAUAUACUUUUAUAUUUAUGUAAGUAAAAUUAUAUAAAAUAUGCAUUAUUAUGUUUAUUAUAUAAAUAUAUUUGUAUAUAUUUAUAUAUAAAAUAAGCAUAUAAUAAAGUAAAUAGUAUAAAUAAAAAUAUAUUAAAAUAAAUAUACAUUUACAUAAGAUAAAGAUAGGAUGAAAAAUAAACAUUUUCAUGUUUUAGAGAGCAUGCAGAAUAUUUCAUUACAACAUUUUUAAACAUAUAUCCCAUGACACUUGGGUCAUAUUUGUGCCUCACCCAUCUUCCCUCCUCUGGAUCCUCUUGCUUCUCUCAAAUAAACCCUUCUGUUCUCAGAGUGUGGUCAUCCGUGUUCUGGAAGUAUAAUUUGGUACUAAGACAUUAUUAUAUUUAAAACCGCAUGUUAAUGCUUACUUUUAAAGAUUUAUUUGUGUGUGUGUGUGUGUGUGUGUGUGUGUGUCCACAUGUGAGUGCAGUGCCCAAGGAGAUCAGAAGGUGGCGCCUGGCAGGGGUGCUGGGGACCAAGCUCAGGCUGGAGGAGCAGUGCUGUCAAUCACUGAUCCAUCUCUGCAGCCCCAGUGGUGACAAUUUUAAGAACUAUAGUUCAUUUUCAGAUGCUUUUAAGUGCCUUCUCGGUGCAUGUGCCAGGGGAGUCUCUGUUCCCACAGAUUUGUGAGUGACAAGGAAGAACUGUGACUAGUUUCCAGGCAUCUCGACCCACUAGAGAAUGCAGCUCCCGGAGAGCUGUGGCCAAGCAAACUCCAUUCUGCUGUUAGACAAAAGGGUUCCUGGGGUUCUAGGCUACAGUAAAAAGGAGCCAGGGAGCUAGCGCAGGCCAAGGUGCUGCCACCAAGCCUAAUGACUCGUGAACACAAAUAAAUGUAAUUUCUUAAUACUUUAAAAUGGUAACCGAACGAGUCCUAAUGAAAUGUUGGCCCAGCCUGUCGAAGUCACACUGGGGCUUUGCCUGUCGUUUUGACUCCAGAAUCUGUCAGCAAGAGAGCACUUCUUGCUUAGUCAGGGCUUGUCUCCCUGUGCAGCUUUAUUUCUGGGCAGAGCUGCAUGCAGUGGCUGCUGAGGAGAGAGUGUGGGACGCAUGGCAGGGCAAGUCUGCUUUCUGCAUCUGGCAAAGAGCCCUGUUUCUGAUGUACCACACAGUCCAGGUCAUCAAGCCUCACUCAGUCCUGCAGCAACGAGAAUUCACAGGCAGAAGGCCACAGCAGAGAUGAAAGGGCUCCAGAGAUCAGAGGAAGAAGUCACAGCCACACGGGGCCAGCCAACACACAGCAACUGAGUUGGGAAAUGGCUAGGACUUGUCAGACAGAUGUAGGGGUGCACACUUGGCCCAUUGGACCAGAUUAGCACAGGAACAGGUGGGACUUGAGCUGUGCUGGUCAAAGAGCCAUGAACUGCGAAACAGGAGCCACGCGUGCUGAAGUUGCUCACAUGGCUUGAAUGCAAUGACACAAGCAUACACAGGAUGUAAACACACACACACACACACACACACACACACACACACACACACACUGAAUAAACUUGAGAAGGGGGUUGGGUAGAGAAAAAUAAAGAUGGAUUUUGCGUUUCUAGCUUGUCACACCUACAGAAAACCUUUCUGAGCCGCCUCUUCUAAAGAUCAUCAUUUGUGUUUUAUGUCACCCCUAACCUGGGAUGGAACUGGCAAGCCCCAGUAAACCACAGUGAGCUUUCUCCUGCCCGCUGCCUUGUGACAGCGCUGCUGUGUGGCUCUGUGAUCUGUGGGUGUUGGAAGGAUCAGCCUAGAACCCCUUUACAUGUGUAACCCAGCUUCAUAAUUUUACUAUUAUUACUUAAAACCUCUUUCCGAAAACAUGAAGUUGAAAUGUCCCCUGGAAACUGAAAGUCGACAUUCAGCAGCUCAGAGAGGAUUUUCAUUUUGGUGGUGCUGAGAGCACUGUAACUGGGACAGAUGGGUUGCUAUGGUGACUGGGUCUCAAAACAGAGCCUUGUGCUUCCACACAUCCACACAGCACAGUGACAUGGUCAUGACACUCAUUCUUGUUGAAGAAUCCUCAAACUCCCAUCAGGACUCAUGGAAGGGAAAUUUGGGAUCAGGGCCCAAAAAGCACUGGUUAAAAAAAUUGCAGCUUGGGCAUUUUCAAGCGGGGUCUUCUCAGCCCUCACACUCGUAAAAACUAUUGGCUCUCAGCCUGAAGCUCUGAGGGAGACUUGCAGCUUGGGGAAGGUUCAUCCUGGAAGCAACUAUGAUUAAUUGCUCCAGUGCGAACAGAGGCUGAAAACUGAGACGCAGACCACACUUGUCACAAAUAGAUGGCACGAGAGUGGGGCGGGUGAGGGUGGGGCAGAUGAGGGUGGGACUGUACUAAGGAUCCAGCGGCUGCUCUGGGGCCUCCUGCCUGGUUACUGCACACUGACGGUCACUGCUGCACUACGGGCAAGAGCCAGGGAUUGUACAUUGUGACACCAAGAAGACUCCUGUUGGUUCAGGGGGAGGCAGCGGUAGCCAGCCUGAGACGAAUAUUACUGUUUCUCUCAUAUGAAGAAUCUGGACUUCUUAAAUCAUAAAUAUAUGUGGCAUGUCAGUAGACGAGGGUGAAGACCUGUGGCGGGGAAAAGGACAGACACGAGAAGGUAAUUGAGAGUGAAUGUGAGCAAAGGAGUGUGAUAUGUAUGAAAACGCCGUGAUGAAACCUAGCAUUUUCACUAACUAAAACAAAACGAAUAGAAAUGUGCCUGUAUUUUCACGGAGAGGAACAAACACUGCCUUUGAGAAGUGCUCAAAGCCGACGUCCGCGCCCACACUGUCCUUCCGGAUCUCGACAGUAGGGGUCCUCAUUGAGUCGAGCGUCUUACAGUACGCUGGGGUUACUGGACUCAGGAUGGUGACGCUUUGGACAGGGCGUAUCUGCCUCUGGUUCUUGCCUAAGCAUGACAUGGGAAAGCGGGGUGAGGUGGGGCGAGGAAAAGAAAAGAAGAAGAUUCCUAACUUGCAGCAAAAGAAAAAGGAAAAGAUUCCUGACUCGCAGCAUGACUCAUAAUGAACAAACGGAGGGCAGGCUCGCUGCCUCUUAUCGGAGCUCCAGUACGCCCCAGGUCAAGCCUGAGUCAGACCAACAGUCCUGAGUCUGGUGGUCAGAGAGAAUUUUUCCCUUAAGGGAGAAAUGUAUUUAGAGGAAGUGGUCGGAUUUCUUAAUAUUGUCGGCAACCCCAUGUUAAACCCUGGGCUUCUAGGAGAAGUUGCAUCCCUCAAAACCAGGAAGUUUCCUGAUUGAAGAUAAAAAUUGGCCACCUCCGCAAAGACAACAAAAAUAGGUAGAAAGGGGGGCUCGGGAUUUAGCUCAGUGGUAGAGCGCUUACCUAGGAAGCGCAAGGCCCUGGGUUCGGUCCCCAGCUCCGAAAAAAAGAACCCCCCCCAAAAAAAAAAAAAAAAAAAAAAAAAGAA